GAACUUGCGAAUGUAACCCUGGGUUUGGAGGAGAUGAUUGUUCAAUUGAUUUCAAACAGGCACCAUCUACUGCAAGUUUCCUUCACGGGAGCGUCUGUGAUGAAAAAGAAGCGCCAUGUACACAUGUAUUCAUACACGGGGGCUUAUUUGCAAGCGAAACCGUUUCUUGUCAUAUAACAACAUUUGAGACACAUGCUGGUAAAGCAGGCCGACAUAAUCUCGACGCAUACGUUAUAAGAGGUCAAGCACAAUCAUUGAUUGAAGUUAUAUGUCCACUGACCACACCAAUCAGAAGGAAGAGAUCUGUUCCUAACACACAAGACGUAAAGCUUCUAUCGUGCUACAAAGUUGCUGUUAGUAACGACGGUAUACAUCAUGGGUCUCCAAUAUCUAUGUGUGUAUACAAUUCCAAGUGCCAGUCCUUAAUCAACGAUAAUAAUGGUUUACUCACAGCAAAAAUAAAAAGAGGGUUUUGCUACAUUGGUGGAAAGUGUGUUCCAAGUAAUGAGCGGGAGCCGUCAUCAGAAACAUACUGCUUUCCUUCAUUAUCUCUCUAUAGUUGGUCAGAGUUGCCAACUUCAACGGAAACUUCUUCAACUGUAAUGUCAUCUGCGUCCGGUGUUCCAAUCACCCACAAUACUGAUAAUACCUGGCACACAACUGUAAUUAUUGCAGCCGUGUGUGUUUGCUGCCUUUGUCUGAUUGUUGGAAUAGUUGUCUACAUCCGGAAAAGAAAACAAAGGAAAACAGUAGACGGCAAAAAGGAGAAAGAAGGGCUUGAAUUACCUAAAGAGCACGAUGCAGAUUUUGACGAGGAAACAUACGCUCAUAUAAACCCGAUAGACGUCACUGGCCACGUGUCCUAUGGCGUUAAAACAUUGAACCUGAACAGUGACGUAGGCAACGACUAUGCACGCUUAGAUACGACAAAGAAAGAAAAAGUCCAGUAUGCCAAGCUUAACGCGACACAGAUUAUCAAACGUGAAAACAACGGACCCAUGCUGCCGGAUAGGCCAUGUGCUAAUCCUGAAGAUCCUUAUGAGAAACUUCGGUCUGAAAAUAGAGAUCAACGGGACUACGAAAAAAUGAAAAAUAACUACCGAAACCUGAAUGCGUAUAAUAGACCAACCAAUCCCCGUGGAGAUCGUAACUCUUUUGACGAAAGUAAUGAAAUAACAUUCAAAUUGGACAACAACCAGGCAAGGUAUCUCGCUCCUACAAGAGGGUUUGAUGGGAUUACACGAAAUGUUCAAAUAAAUCUGACUGAAAAUGGACAAAGAAAUGAUGAUGUUUUGGAAGGAUUGGAAGGAUAUGAGCGCCCCGACCCAUUGUACAAGCGAUACUAGUAUUGCGAAGAUUUUACACAUGGAAACUAUAACUGCAUUUAUAAAAAUACUUUUAUACUAACCAUCAUGUUUGGUUAAAUAUUUCACAUGAAACGUGCGUUUCACGUUGUCCGUUUUAUCUGUUUUAUAGAGGAACAAAGAGUGAAAUAAUAAUCUUCAAAUUAUUUUUUUAACAUUUUAAAUUAUACCAGAUUUACUGGAAGAUCUGAAGGAAUGUCUAAAGUAUGCAUCAUAUGAUUAAUACAUUUCUGAAAUUACAUUGUCUAUGUAUUUAAUUUUCAGUAAAUGAAAUGAUGAGAAAUUCUUACAAUAUGUUGUUUUAUAAAAUUGUGUUAAAGUGUGUCUGUAUGUUGUAAGGUAAGUUCUUUCAC